UUGUCAUCGUAGUCAUAGCAACGCAAGCGUUCGCCAGCAGUACUGUUUGUGUCCAGACAGAAGACCGCAAGCUGGAGUAAAAAAAUAUGUCUGAGGCGCAAAUGUCCCGCAGUUUGUCUCCUUCCGGAGAAAAAAGAAAGUCCACACCAGACAUUCUGUCGAGUGACAGCGAUACAAAGUUUUCCCAGUUUCUAUACGAGUUUAUUGAGGCUGAGAAGACGUACCUGCAGUGUCCAGAAGAGGGCCCCAACGAGCUGCGGUACAUCAGCUACCGCUCCGCCUUCAACAAGGUGAUUGGACGAGCAACGGCCUGCAAGAGGCUUCUGAUGGCCAUAAAGUCAGAGUAUGACAGCACCAUCCGGGAGCUGGAGAGGAGGGAGGAUGAGGUCAGGGCGUCUCAGCGAACCGAGGCGACGUCGAUGUCACUCGUACAGGCACUGAUGACCUGCCAGAGACGAGCCAAUCAGCUCAGGGACAGGAUCUCCGUCCUUCAGACACAAACAGCAGAACUUCAGAACGAGAUCCAGAGACAGAAGUUCUCUGAAGACCAGAGCACCUGGAUACCAGGACUAACUGUGGCUGAAUCGGAGGAUCCCGAAGCUCUGGACAGACAUCUGAAGGACCUGGAGAUCCAGAGAGCUGCUCUGCUGGGCAGGAAGAGUCAGUGUGUCCCUCUGGAGGUCCAAACCCGGCUGGACGCUGAGCUGCAGAACACCGAGCGCCUCAGAGACCGUCUGAGCUCCGAGAACCACCACUUGAAGCUCCUGUACCAACGUCUGAGGUUCGUGUUGGACCGUCUGGCCAGCUGGAAGGAGGACGGGAAGCAGCUUCCUCUGGAGGAUCUGCUGGGUUCAGCUAUGGAAGACAUCCAUCACGUCACAUCGUCAGACGACGAUGAUGAUAAUGACGCCUGCAGGGUCGAUGCUGAGCUGUUUGAAGAUGAAGAGCCGACCGGAGUGGAUGAGUCCAGACUCCUGAAGGAUUUCCUGGACAGGUUUGUCAAGCUCUUUGAUUCGGCUCGGUAUGAAGACGCCGCUCUCCACGCUGCCAGAUCUCCCCAAGGAAUCCUGAGGAACCUCGACACCAUGGGGAUGUUUACAGCCGUGGAGAGCCCCCCAGGCUCAGCCCCACCUCCCAUCCUGUUCUUCUGGGCCCUGCUGGUUACCAUGGCAGCAGGUGAUGAGCUGUCGGCUCCUCUGUCUCUCCAGGGCGUCCGCUACUCCCUGAAACACGGCAACACGCAGCUCGUCGUGCACGCCGUCACGCAGAACAAAUUGACCUUCUCUGAGGAGCUGGGUGACGUUCUUACUGAGCAUGCUGAGAAGAACCCCCAUAUGGCCGACACAUGUCUGCCUUUGGCCGCCAGCGUGUACGAGGCCUGCAGGGCAGACAAGAAGGCAGCACUGAGCAUGUGCAGGAGAGGACUGAUCCACAGCGCUGCAGAGUUAAUGAAGCAGAGCGAGGGCCUCACGCCAGAUGACUGUAUGUGGGUGCUGUGUCGCUCGCCCAGCCUGUCCCUCCUCCAACUAUUGACGGAGCCUCCACAGGGACGGGCGGCCAUCUUGUCAGUGGGCGUGGCCUGUGCCGCUCUGCUGGCAGACCCUCAGCAGCAGCAACUGGUGCUGGAGCUCUUGGACAGCAUUAUCAGCCGAGGAAGAGAGGUGUUGGAGACAGCGAUCCUGGAGGACAGCGGCUCUUCGGUGGAUGUCUGGAACGAUGUGGCGUCUCUCUGCUCGGAGCUGAGUCGGGAGGACCUGAGCCGGGCCGUGAGGUCCAUCCUACUGGAUCAGAGCGGGACCGGAGUCCGGUCACCAGACCUAGAGGGAGCCCGGCUCAUGGAUCACGUCUUCAUGUGAAAACUGGACCUUCUUCCUCUGCAGCUUCUUUCAUUUUCUCCUAUCAUCACCAUCGUUCCAGUAGCCACCUCUCCAUGAAUCUUCUUCAGAAAUAAACGCGCCCCCAUCAUAAUUAUUGGUUCUGUUUAUGAGCAACGACGAGGUGUAAACCUGUAAAUGUGGUUUUCCUUUGUUCUCCCAUCGCCUCAGAAUGAAACUGAAUCUAAUUUUACUCGGUCCAACUUUACCAUGUUGGACUUUACAGAGAUCAUGUGACCAACAGGACUGGCCUCCCAAAGGAGCCAACAUGUCUCAACUUCAAGCCGCCUAAAGGCAUAAACCAGUUUGUCAUGAAGCGGUGAUAUGUUGUUGUCAUAGGUU